UCAGCAGCAGUCGCAUCCUGCUGCCAGCUCGAGCGCUACCGUUAGCUAGCUAAUGAGGGAGUAGCAAGUCAUUCUCACGGAGAAAAUCCCGUUUUCAUACCUCAGCAUUAUGUCAUUUUGCUGAAUAAUUCGUUUGAGAAAAUGAAUUUGCGAUUUUUCAGUGCCAACUCGCGGCCCAGAAGACAAAAUAACCUCCGUAAAGUCCGCUUUUUCACUUCGACCUCGGUAGCUGAACGGGUUUAGCAAGUCAGUUGGUUUUGACAAGACGAGUGUCUCAUCUGUCCGCCGCUGCGGCUCCGUGACGGGGGGAGGUUUGGACAAAGCCAGUCAGAUGUUGGACGGUAAAAAAUAUCCACGGAACUCAAACGUUUUUUACACUAGGUUGUGAAAUUGAAUUAUCAAGCUGAAUUUUUGUUGAGAAAGUGUUGGGAAUAAGGGGAGGAGUAAGGUCUAUUUUUGGAGAGAGUUUGGAUCUCGCUCCGGAGGGGUGUGCGGAGGAGGGAGACCCGCAGAGAAGAAGGGACGUAGGGGGAGAUAAGCCUGAUGCCAGUGAUGGCAAACGAGCCGAUCAUCCUGAACGUCUAUGAUAUGUACUGGAUCAAUGAGUUUACCAGCACUCUGGGCAUCGGAGUCUUUCACUCAGGGAUUGAGAUCUAUGGAAGAGAGUUUGCCUAUGGCGGACACCCGUACCCAUUCUCAGGGAUCUUUGAGAUUACACCAGGCGAUGCAACCGAACUCGGCGAGACCUUUAAGUUCAAAGAAGCCAUAGUCCUGGGCAGCACCGACUUCACAGAGGAGGAUGUGGAGCGGAUCGUGGAGGAGAUGGGGAAGGAGUACAAAGGCAACGCCUACCACCUCAUGCACAAGAACUGCAACCACUUCUCCUCAGCACUGUCAGAGAUCCUGUGCGGCAGGGAAAUCCCUCGCUGGGUCAACCGCCUGGCCUACUUCAGCUCCUGCGUGCCAUUCCUCCAGAGCUGCCUGCCCAAAGAGUGGCUGACCCCGGCUGCCUUACAGUCCAGCGUCAGCCAGGAGCUCCACGGAGGAGGAGAGCUGGAGGAGGCCGAGGACGCCGCUGCCACAGCCUCCCUGGCAUCCAUGUCGCCCUGCUCACCCUCAUCCUCCUCCAGCCCCUCCUCUUUGCCUCGCCAUUCCCGCCACCACCAGCCCCGCCGGUAGAGGCUGCGAUGUCCACCGGGAGACAUCGGGGCAGGACAAAGAGACUGUGAGGUGACAGAAAACCUGCAGCAGCUGAUGAGUCAGCAAAAAGUUCUGCCAGACCGUCCUCAAACGAGGCGCUGAACUGCUACCUGCUCCUUGGUAAAAAUGUCGGCCAGAUCUCUGCAGGGAUCCGGAGCCGUCGAAGGAACUCUUGGUGCUGACAAAGGCAGGAUCGUCUCUCUGAACGUGGCUGAUGGAUUCCAACAUCCCAUCUGAAAUCCAGUCUGUUUACCUCCAGUCUGUCAUCAUUUUGCCAGCCGACCUGCAGGGCAGAAUGGAAGCAUCGUGAGUUGUUUACGCUUCAGAGUGUUUGAAAAAUUUACCAGCCACAUUCAGAUUUUACCAGCAGCUAGUUGGUAGAUGGUGCUCAUCCCAACCUUGUUGUAGUGGAAACCAGUGAGAGCGAAGCUAAAAAAGAAGGUUUUGCGUCAGUUUAUAAGGAAUGUCCUUUAAAAAUCUGAUAUAAUUAACACUAGAUGUUCAGAAGUUUCCAAAAUUAUUUUACCAUGUAACAAGCAUUUGUGAGUAAUUUUUGCCUUUUUUUCUUGUGAAAUACUGGAUAGUUUAACUCCUUCAAACUGUAGCACACAGCUCAAGACUCUUGUUUUUCUGCUGUAAUGUGAGUAAACCACAAAGAUCCCUUUCAUGGUAAACAUCAAUACAAUGUGAGCUGUUUUUGGGGAAGGUAGCCGACAUUAAAGCUCUACUUAUCACUGUAUAUAAACGGCAUGACAUCUACCCAAAAGUGAAGCCCAGACAUCCCGAUUGCACUUCCCGAUCCUGACUAGGCAACCUCUGGCCCCAAAUGACCAGUGCAUCAUCAGAGGAAGAUUGCACCUGUAUUCAGGAUAUUUUGGCUUUGUUUUUGUGUCCAUGGUCUCAACAUUCAGCCAUUUUAUUUGCAUUUUUCCUGACAUCAAGACACUGAAUCCUCUGGUGACCUCUGUCUCACCUGGUAGAGUGUGCGCCCCAUAUAAGCACAGUCCGUGGCAGCGUCUUCCGUUCGAAUCCAGUCCUAGAGCAUAAUAAAGACAAUAGCCCUUAAAAAUAAUCUUUAACAACAACAAAAAAAUCAUGAGCAUCUUAAGUGUGACACCAUCUGAAGAGAAAUAAAUAAAUAAAAUAAAAAAAGCAAACGUUUCUACACUGGAACAUUUUGUGAUUGUAGUUUUAAAUGAGCAGAGCGCUGGUAUAAUUUGAUCUGUGGCUGGUAAACGUUUACACUGAAUCUUAACUGUCAUUGUGAUGUGCUAAAAUAUUCGGCUGGCAAAAUUGUGAAAGCAGCAAGUGGAAUCUACACACUUUGCCUCAACGUGCUGUGUGUGCAUCAGGACCUCAGACUUUUGUUACGUUUCUCUCACAGCAGGCUGGAUUGACUUUAGCCAGAACUACAAUCACUUUCCUUCAGCACCACAGAGACACAACAAGCCGAACCAGUGUGUCUAAAGGGGUCAAAAUCAUCUAACACACCUUGGACGGGUUCAGUUCCAGGUAAUUUUUGCUUCCCGGGUCCUUUUAUUUGUUCCUUUUUGAUGUCAAAUCAGGAUCAGCGGUUGUCAGGUACCUGUAGCACCUCUUAAAAUCCUACCUGGGGUAACCACGUGUGAUCUGAGUAAAUUAAACCCAAUGAAGCAGAUUUUUAAAAUGUAUCAGCCCUUAAUGUAAUAUGAGGAAGCACCAAUAAUAUAAUAUUAAUUUCUUUUCUUUAAACACUUUAAGAAAUAGGUUUAGGCAGUGACACAGAGAUUUUUGUUACCAGAAAAAAAAAAAAAGAAAAAAAUAAUUACUUCUCAGUAGCAACUGCCAAGGUGCCUUUGAUCGAGGUACUUAACCCACAAGUGUUCAGUGGCCAGCAGCAGAAGACUGGUUGUACUGGACUGCUCCCAGUUGUCUCAGUUUGUGUAAAGCAAAACAUUUCGUCUGUACCAGAGGUAAUUCAAGGUUCAAGUUUACAUUCAGGACAUGAAGUCAGUCGGUUUGUAAUCUGCAUAAACAGAGUGCUCCAGGAAUGAGUCCGAAAACAUGGAAAUAACUUUGCCUUUUUUGCCUCCUGGUUCCCUCGUGUCGAUGGAUUUUCUGAAUGGGUUUUUGGUUCAAUGUCUGAAAUAAGGUCACUUUCAUGUUUUGUUCUACGGCAUAAAACAGGUCAGUGAAUACCCCACUUGUGAACUUUGAAGCUUUUAUGUGUCGUAACCCUUUGAAACCUGCAUCAACAUCACUUUUUUGUGC